GGGGAAAAAAAAGAGGGAGGGCUUGCUCAUGUAAACCCAGGACCGGAGACAGAAUAAGGCAUGUGAUGAACACCUUUGCUCAGUGUUGGACCUCUUAACAAAAGUCAACAAACUCUCAUAAUGAUGUUACUUGGAUCACAUUUCAAUAGUAAACCUUCUCCAGGGACAAUAUCUCAGCAAGGAUACAGCUGCUCUGAACCCCUAAACUCCAUGCCUACAUGGAUAACCCAGGCCUUAUGUGACCUAGCACAAGGUGAGAAAGAACUCCAGCGACUUACAGAGAAACAAAUAUCUGAAGUGGAUGAAGUGAACCAGAGCCUCGAUUCUGCAAUUUUUGAUGCUCAGAAAGAAGAACGCCAUCUGUUGGAGAAGGUGGAGAAAGCCCAUCGGGAAGCCCAACAGAGACUGCAACAGCUCAAAAGAGAAAAUGCAGCAGCAGCUCGAGUAGGCCAGUCCUUGGUUGAUCGUCAGCUGAGAAAGAUGGGCCAGCUUAAGGAACAAAUUCUUAUGUGGUGUAGAUGCCCCACUGGUCCCAACAAAAGUCAGUUGCUGAAAGAAGUUAAAGAAUUAAUGCAACCCUGGGAGAUCUCUCUUUCCCUGAAAAGAGUCACUUUCCAGCGCAGUCCUGAGUCAAAUGUUAUUCGGUUUGGGGAUAUUAAUGUCCAUGAGCACAGCUUGACUUUUCCAGUUGGAGUCUGCGGACCACAGGGGCAAAAAUGUGCUCUCCACACGGGCCAGAUAGCACUUGACAAUCAUGUGGCUGUAUCAGAACAGCUUUGUGCUCCUUGUAAUAGCAGUGGAAAGAAAGAAUCAUCAAAGACAAACAGUGGAAGUAGCCGCGUUGUCAGAAAGCUUCGGUUAUCAACAGCUAAAGAUGAUGUGCUAGGUCAGAAGGUAAAGAUGCCCAGCCCUAAAACAUGUAAGGUUUGGCCAUGUAAGCAGGAUAACUCAGAAUCCUCUCAGGAUGAGGAUGCAGAAUUGUUUAGUUCUGACUCACGUGGUGAAGACCUGUUUCUUGCAUUUAAUACGGUGACAAGCCAAGGAGAACUGGGAGCAGAAAGCCCUGUAUCUGACCAAGGUGAAAUCAGAAGUCAUUCUUUUUCCAAAGGCCACUGGAAACAAAGAGUCCUUGUUCCAGUUUCAAGCCAAGAACCAUCCUGUCCACCAGAAGAAAGUAGACCUGAGGACUGUGGACAAAACUAUGAAUUCCAAAGAGGAAUGUCACCUCCUAUGACAUCUUUUCCAGGGCAUAAAUCGAGUUAUAGCUGUGUGGACCUCUCUUGCAAAGACCAACCACAGUAUGGUCAAAGCUUUGGUGGACCAAGACGAUCUCCUUCCCCAGCAGACAGCAUGGACUCCAGUUACACAUACACUAUCAGGUCUGCCAGUAGUCACAGUGGCUCCCUAAAAGGGGAAAAUCAACAUUCUAUCUCCACCUCUGACCUAUCUGCCAGGGGUCGCCAUUUAAUGAAUGGAAAAGACAAGAUUCAGAAGAAGUUCAAUCAGAACAAUUUAUCUAGGCCCCAGGGUCAAGGCCUUAAAAGGUCCGAAACACUGGAUUUAAAAGACCAGCAUUUGAAAGAUAGUUGUGAGGGAUCCAAACGAGUAUCUCGGUCUUUGUCUAUGUCUGAAAUAGAAGGUAGAGGAAGAGGAACAAAAUCUGAUCAUAAUGGAGACAGAAGCAGAAAAGAUCGACGAGGCCUGGCAAAGGUUGUAGAAGAGGGACGAACACUUAGAGUGGGACUUCUGGUAAAGAAAUUUGGUAAGCAAGGCUCAGGACGCACUGACUUUACUUUGCCUAGUGGAAUUCAUGCCACAGCUCAAGGUCAGCUGUUUGUAGUGGACUGUGGAAAUGUCCGUGUGCAAGUAACAGACCUACAGAAGAACAUCGUUCAGCAGGUGACUCUACCAGCUGCUGACUCUACCUCUCGACACUGUCGAAAUUUUUUUGAUGUUGCUGCUAACUCCAAGGGCAUGAUAGCACUGACAUGUGCCGCAGAACGUGCUGUGCUGGUCUUUAACCGCCAUGGUCGCCUCUUGCAGACCUUUGGGGGCUCUGGUACUCAGCAAGACUUCGAGGCUCCAAGAGGCGUCACCGUGACAAAGCAAGAUGAGUUUCUAGUUGCUGAUAUUCGGCGUGGCACUUUGACAACUCUCAAACUUGACCCUAAAACAGGAGCCAAGAUAGAGCGCACUGUAGUCACAGGAUUUCACAGGCCCUAUCUGGUGGCAGCAUGUCUCACUACAGGCCUUAUGGCUGUGUCUGAGAGGGGCAACGAAACUGGACGGGCAGCUUGUGUAAGGGUGCUGGAACCUGGUUGGAACACCAUUCGCACCUUGGGUGUAUGCUCUGGCAUGGGACCUGUCCUUACCAGCCCUUGGGGUAUAUGCAUUGAUGCAGAUGGAAAUGUUCUUGUUGCAGACUGGGGCAAGCAGCACUGUGUGUUGCUGUACCCUGCUGUUGGUGUAGGUCGGGAUAUUGUUAGUCAAGGCCUUAGCAGCCCUAGAGGACUUGCUUUGCUGCCUGAAGGUCACCUUGUGGUCUCAGAUAGCAUGAACCAUUGCAUUAAGAUUUUCCGCUACAAGUAAUGCUUGUAGAGUGAUUGAAUUGCAGUUUUCUGUCUUGAGUUUGAGAAAUGCAAAAACUUCCUAUAUUAAAUUAGCCAUUAAACUAAAGUAUUGAAAAUUCUAAAUAUAUUUAAAGCUAUAUUUAAAGAAGUAAAAAUUAUUGGGAUACACCGUUUGUGUAAAUGUUUUAAUGACUGUUUAUUGUGAUUAUUAUUUCUUUCACAUUCUUUAAUGUUCUGAUUCUAUUAAUAAUUUUUAUAUUCUCUAACUACUGAAAAUAGUCAAAAUGUUUUCUUUUUAUACCAUAAUCUGAUUUAUUCAGCUAUAAGUUUUGUUUUGUCAGAAACCAGCAUGAAGUACUAGCAUAAAUAUCUAUUACAUGCAAAGUUAUUAGACAUAUUAGAGACUUUGUAGGUGUAAACAAGAUAUUACAGAACAAGAUGUUAUCAAAUGCAGCUCGAUCAUGUAAUCGUAUUAUCUUUUUGUUGUGGUUUUGCUGAUUUAUGCAUCUAACAGGAAUUGUGUUUGAUUUAAACCCUAUUGUAUCUCUUAGCAUUGAAUAAAAAGUUUGGUGUUCUGAAUAUCUGGCUCCAUUUUUUCUACAACGUGUGACUUUCUCUGACCAAUUCUAGAUCUCUGAUUAUACUAGUCAUUGUAAUCAAGGCCAAAAAAAUUAUCAUAUGGUAUAUAGAUUUUCUUACUUUAAAUGGUGAGUUGACUUCUUUUCAAGUUCUUCAAAAUUAGAUAAGCACCAACACUUUGGAUUUAAGGUGUUUAAAAUGUGCUUAAUUUAUACAGAGCACAAUAAAGUAUGUUUAAGAUCAUUUCUUACAAUGAUAUGAAUGCAGACUGCAUGUUUGUCAGAG